UUCCGACGCUGGGAGGAGCUGGCGGCUGAAGCAGCGGCCCCCGGGAUCUGGAAUCCGUGCCUCGGAUUACCAGGCGGAGGCUGGAACCACGGCUGGCGGAGACGCCCACACUCGCAGUCUUCGGUCCCGCCCCCGAUCCCGGUCCAGCCACGUGCUGGGCGGGGACUGGUUGUGAGUUUCGACCUCGCAGGACCCUGAGUCCCGGCCACGGUCCCAGCUGGCCGCUGACAGGGGAUCGCCAGCCCAAGACCUGCAGAGAGCGAGCUAACCACGCGCAGCGCCAUGGCCAGCCAGGGUCACGAGGGUGAGCACCCAUCCGUGACACUAUUCCGUCAGUACCUGCGCAUCCGGACCGUCCAUCCCAAGCCCGAUUACGGGGCUGCCGUGGCCUUCCUAGAGGAGAGAGCCCGCCAGCUGGGCCUGGGCUGUCAGAAAGUGGAGGUGGCACCUGGCCUUGUGGUGACUGUGCUGACCUGGCCAGGCACCAACCCCAAACUCUCCUCCCUUGUGCUCAACUCCCACACGGAUGUGGUACCUGUCUUCAAGGAACACUGGAGUCAUGACCCCUUUGAGGCCUUCAAGGAUGCUGAGGGCUACAUCUAUGCCAGGGGCGCCCAGGACAUGAAGUGUGUCAGCAUCCAGUACCUGGAGGCUGUGAGGAGGCUAAAGGCUGAAGGCCGCCAUUUCCCCAGAACCAUCCACAUGACCUUUGUGCCAGAUGAGGAGAUUGGGGGUCACCAAGGCAUGGAGCUGUUUGUACAGAGGCCUGAGUUCCAGGCCCUGAGGGCUGGCUUCGCCCUGGAUGAGGGCCUGGCCAACCCCACUGACGCCUUCACUGUCUUUUACAGUGAGCGGAGCCCCUGGUGGGUUCGGGUCACAAGCACUGGGCAGCCUGGCCACGGCUCACGAUUCAUCGAGGACACAGCCGCAGAGAAGCUGCACAAGGUUGUGAGCUCGAUCCUGGCUUUCCGGGAGAAGGAGAGGCAGAGGCUGCAGUCAAACCCCCACUUGAAACAGGGGGCUGUGACCUCCGUGAACCUGACUAAGCUAGAGGGCGGCGUGGCCUAUAACGUGGUACCUGCCAGUAUGAGCGCCAGCUUUGACUUCCGCGUGGCACCGGAUGUGGACCUGAAGGCUUUUGAGGAACAGCUGUGGAGCUGGUGCCAGGCAGCUGGCGAGGGGGUCACCUUCGAGUUUGCUCAGAAGUGGACAAAGCCCCGACUGACAUCUAUUGAUGACUCAGACCCCUGGUGGGCAGCAUUUAGCGGGGUCUGCAAGGACAUGAACCUCACUCUGGAGCCUGAGAUCUUCCCCGCUGCCACUGACAGCCGCUAUCUCCGCGCGGUGGGGGUCCCGGCUCUGGGCUUCUCCCCCAUGAACCGAACACCAGUGCUGCUGCACGACCAUGAUGAGCGGCUGCAUGAGGCUGUGUUCCUUCGUGGGGUCGACAUAUACACACAGCUGCUGCCUGCCCUGGCCAGCGUGCCCGCCCUACCCAGUGACAGCUGAGCCACAUGCUCCCAGCCUCUACCCCAGAACUUCCACCAUGACCAGUGCCAAGGACCCCUCCUCCCCCCGCCUAACAAUAAAAGUCUGUGUGGACAGG